AUGGGAAAAAAGAAACCAGAUAGUUUUCUAAGUUUAUUGUCUAAAUUGUUUAAUGGAGAAAAAAUCAUUAAACUUACUAUCAAAAGAAGUAUUUCAUCUUAUUAUUAUAAUCUUUCUUUUAGAUCUAAAAGAUCAAUAUCCAUAACUUAAAAAAAAAAUAAAAAGAAAAUAAAAAUAACAAUUAUUCAAUGAAAUCAAAACAGCUAAUGACAUUAAUGAAAUCAUUGUUAGAUCAUAAACAUAAAAAUUAAAUAUUUCUACAUCCUCAAAUAAAUAAUAAAUAAAUAAAUUUGCUGAUUCAUUAUCCAACAUCUAUCGCUUAUAUUGUCAUGAUCAAUAGAAAUAAAUUAAAGUAUAUAAUAUCUAUUAAUUUAUAGAAAAAACCUAUUUUAUUACCAACUCAACCUAAUGCAAAAUCUAAAACAUAAUUGAGAUUAAAAACAAAAAAAUUGAGAAACAAAGAAAGAAGAUAAAAAAGACUUGAAUUAUCAAAAAUGAAGAAAAAAGAAUUACAGAGAUAAAAAACAUUUGCAAGUAAAAAAAGAGAAGAUAAAUAAUAAUGAUAUAUUUAUACCAUUUAGU